UCGAAUACGUGUAUGACAAAUAAAAAUAGCGUCAAGAAUAAAAAAUGUCACAAAUAUGGAAACUGUCCAGCUUUUGGCAAAUUUUGUUAUAAAUGCAAAAAGAAAAACCAUUUUUCUUCAGCAUGUAAGGUGAAGAAAAUAAAUGAAAUUGAUAAUCCUAAUUCCAUUGUCAUCUCAGAUGAGGAAGAUUAUCUAUUGGAUAGAAUCAUUGUGCUGAAUGAACUCAUGCAUGAACACUGGGAAGAAGUCAUUGAAAUAAAUGGGAAUCCCACUAAAAUCAAAUUAGAUACUGGAGUAGACACUAAUGUUAUUUCUUGGACGUAUUUGAAGCAGUGGACCAAUUCUCCAAAGAUAAAACAGACAAAGGUCAAAGCCUAUACCUUCACACGAGAGAGAAUACCUAUCGUCAGUGAAUGUCACUGCCAACACAAGUCUGGAAACCAUGAAACCACAAGCAAAUUCCUUGUCGUCAGGACGUGUGGGCUACCUCUAUUGAACAGAGAUGCAUGCAAAAAACUAAACCUUAUUAAAAGGAUAAAUUCUAUUACACCUGAACUUAACCAAGAAAAUAUUUUUGAAUCCUAUUCUAGUGUGUUUGAGGGAAGUGGCAAACUCAAACAUGAGGUUAUAAUCAAAUUAAAUCAAAAUGCAAUUCCAAAACUUGUUUCUCCUAGAAGGAUCCCAGAAGCUUUAAAAAGAGAAGUUAAACAAGAAUUAGAGCAUCUGGUUAGAAAAGGAAUCUUAAAAAAGACAGAAGAAACUUCUAGUUGGCUCCACCCAAUGGUCAUUAUUAAAAAGAAACAAGGAAAAUUACGCCUGUGUAUGGAUUUGCAUGAGUUAAAUAAAUACAUUAUUAGAGAUAAUUAUCAGAUACCAUCGCCAACAGAACUGUUAUCGAGCAUUCCAAAAGAUAGAUAUUAUACAGUUAUGGAUGCUAAAUCAGCCUUCUUUCAGCUACUGGUAGAAGAACAAUCUCAAAAACUAUUAAUAAUGAAUACACAUUUCGGAAAAUAUAAAUUUACAAGAUUGCCGUUUGGAAUCACAACAGCAUCAGAGCAUUUUCAAAGAGCCAUCGACACAACACUUUCAGAUAUUGAAGGCAUUUACACAUAUAGUGGUACCUCAGGAUACGAAAUUAAUCCGUUCCGAAAUUGAGAUCGUAUCAUGAAAAUGUCGUAAGG